AUGGCAUGGAUUUGGCUUAUUGUCACUUUAAACUUAGCCUUCUGCUCCACAGGUUUUUCUGCUCUAAGUGCUCUAAGUGAAGAGGAACAACUAUUAAAAUAUCUGUUUGAAGAAAAGGGUUACAGAAAAGAUCUGCGACCAGUGGACCAUCCAGAUGAAACAGUAGAUGUAUAUAUUGCAUUGACACUUUCCAAUCUCAUUUCAUUGAAAGAAGCAGAUGAAACCCUCACCACAAAUGUCUGGGUUGAUCAGGGAUGGUAUGACAAUAGACUGACAUGGAAUACGACUGAAUUCUAUGACAUUGAAAUACUUAGAGUUCCUCCUGACAUGGUGUGGCAGCCAAAUCUUAUCCUAGAAAACAACAACGACGGUAAAUUUGAAGUGGCAUAUUACAGCAACGUUCUUAUACAUAACUAUGGGUACAUCUACUGGCUACCUCCUGCCAUAUUCCAAACACCGUGUUCCAUCAAUGUCAACUACUUCCCAUUUGACUGGCAGAACUGCUCUCUGAAAUUCAGUUCAUUAACUUACAACGCUAAAGAGAUAAACCUACAGCUAAAGCAAGAUACAGAAUUAGACACACAGAAAAGUUUCCCAGUGGAGUGGAUUGUCAUUGAUCGAGCAGCAUUUACAGAAAAUGGAGAGUGGGAGAUUGUCCACAUUCCAGCCAAAAAGAAUAUCGACAGGAGCGUGUCCCGUGAGAGCACCAAGUAUCAGGACAUUACAUUCUACCUCAUUAUUAAGAGGAAACCCCUCUUCUACAUUAUUAAUAUCCUGGCUCCCUGUGUUCUAAUUGCUCUGAUGGCCAACCUUGUCUUUUACCUGCCAGCUGACAGUGGUGAAAAAAUGACCUUAGCCAUAUCUGUCCUGUUGGCUCAGUCUGUCUUCUUGCUGCUAAUCUCACAGCGCCUCCCAGAGACCUCCUUGGCUAUACCACUCAUCAGCAAGUAUCUGACAUUUAUCAUGAUUCUGGUGACAAUUGUAGUUGUGAGUUGCGUUGUUGUAUUGAACAUGCAUUUUAGAACUCCCAGCACACACAUCAUGUCAGAACGGAUGAAAGAGCUCUUUCUGAAUAGACUACCUCGCCUACUGCACAUGUCACGCCCAGCGGAACCUGAACCCGAGCCAUGGAGUGGGGUGCUACAACGACGCAGCAGUUCAGUAGGAUACAUUGCAAAGGCAGAGGAGUACUUCAGUGUGAAAUCGAGAAGUGAACUCAUGUUUGAAAAGCAAUCUGAGCGCCAUGGUCUCAUUAGUCGAGCUACACCCGCACGAAUAAAUCCAGUGAACUCAGACAAUCUACAAGAUCAGUUUUAUGGUGAAAUUAAACCUGCCAUUGAUGGAGCAAACUUCAUUAUUAAACACAUGAGAGAGAAUAGAAUGACUACAAUGAGGAAAAAGAUAACUGGUAUCGUGUUGCUCGGACAGUUGAUCGCUUGUGCCUGUUUAUUGUGACCCCUGUCAUGCUCAUUGGAACACUUUGGAUAUUUCUUGGAGGAGCCUAUAACCAACCCCCAGCUUAUCCAUUUGCUGGUGACCCUUAUGAUUACAAGGAAGAAAAACAAGAGAUACAUAUAG